ACACGCAUGCACGCGCGCUCACCUCCUCCGUCCUCUCCUCCUCGCUCUCAGAGUUGUUCAGACUUGAGGGAGGAAUGGCGGCCCCUCGGAGUUUCUUCAUCUCUCUCUGCGGUUUAUACCUGCUUUUAUAUUUCCCAUGUGGAUCUACGACAUCGGGCACCAGAAGAGCGAAUCAGGAUCGAUGCGGGUUUAAGGUACCUUCAGGUGCAGAUGGAGGCCGCAGGCUGGCCGUUACCUUCAGAGCCGACAACUGCUCAUUAAACUACCCACUGGGGAAGCACAUGAUCCGUGAGGUCACCAACGUCUCCUUCAGUCAUCUAGCCUGCGACGAUCAGGCCGCCGUGGUUGUCCACUGGUCUGCGAGCCCACUAGGGAUUGAACACAUUAAAGGCUUCAGAGUUUACCUGGAGGACAAGAAUCCAGAAGGGAAACAGUGUCAACACCUCAUCCUCAAAGACCCACGACAGCUCAACUUCUCCUACAAGAACACGAAGCUGAGCAGUCAGCCGUUCAGCGGUUUGAACUUUGACACCGACUACAUGGUUCGUGUGGUUCCCUUUCCAUCUCAGAUGAACGAGAGCUUCUUCCCUCCAUCUUUCCUCAAAACUAACUCGUGUGAAAUGCUCCUCGGAUCAGACAACCUGGUCUGCAAACCAUUCUGGACACCAAAGACGCUGAACGUGUCUCAGCUCGGAUCAAGCCUUCAUGUGGCCUUUGAUCAGGCUCCGCCCUCCUUUGGUUUCCAUUUCUAUUACCUGUACUACAAACUGCGACCGGACGGACCCUCCAAACUGCAGCGCUGCAAACCGGAUGUGAAUCAGCCCAGAACGACAUGUAUCCUCCAGGACGUCACUCCAGGGACCUACACUAUAGAGUUGAAAGAUGACAGCAACACCACCAGGAUGCACACUCAGCACCACGUCAGCCAGGUCCACUCCCCCUGGGCGGGACCUAUCCGUGCCAUGGCCAUCACGGUGCCGCUGGUUGUCAUGUCAGCAUUUGCAACCCUCUUCACAGUCAUGUGUCGCAAGAAGCAGCAAGAAAACAUCUACAGUCAGCUGGAUGAGGAGAGCAGCGAGUCGUCCAAUCACAGCGCAGCACUGACCACUGAGCGGCCGUGGCCCCGCCCCAAAGUCUUCAUCUGCUACUCGAACAGAGACUGUCCCAAACACACCAGUGUCAUCCAGAGCUUCGCCUUCUUCCUGCAGGACUUCUGCUGCUGUGAGGUUGUGUUGGACCUGUGGGAACACCUGGAGAUGUGCAAAGAGGGUCAGAUGUCAUGGCUCAGCAGACAGCUGGAUGAAGCAAACUUCAUCAUCACCGUCUGUUCCAAAGGCCUGCGCUAUUAUGUGGAAAAGAAGAGCCGUCGAGGGAAGACGCCAGUGAGCCGCCGUAGUAAUGGCAGCAGCUCUUCGAUUACUGCGGUUGGUGGGGACCUGUUCAUUGUGGCGGUUGCCAUGAUUGCUGAGAAGCUGCGGCAGGCGAAGCAAAGCGAAGACAGCGGGGCACAGGAGAUGAACCGAUACAUGGCAGUUUACUUUGACUAUUCUACAGAAAGCGACAUCCCCACCAUGCUGAGUCUGGCUACCAGGUUCAAGCUGAUGGACCAGCUGCCUCAGCUCUUCAGUCGGUUCCAUUCGAGUCAUUCCAGUCUGACUGAUCGUGAGCAGCAGCCUCUUAACAUUUCCCGCAGGAACUAUUUCAGAAGCAAGUCCGGGCGCUCGCUCUACGUUUCCAUCUGCAACAUGCACCAGCACAUCAGCCAGAACCCCGACUGGUUCGAAAAGCAGCUUGCUCCUGCUGGAGCAUCCUCUACCUCUCCUGACUCUUCCUCCAAACAUCCGUCUCUCGCUGCUGUCCAGGCUCCGAGCCUUCCGCCCAAACCUUCCUGCUCCUUGACAUCUCAGGCUGAGCAGAGGUUUGACUCUGGCCUGGUGCUGAAUGAGGUGGUGGUGCGAAUACCAUCGCUGGAGAGUGGGGAGGGCGUGAUGGGGAGGAACGUACUCCAGCUGGCCCAUGGUUCCAGCCCUGAUCCCAACCUUUGCCCGAGUCCCAGUUCCACCCCUGACCCCUGUCCCAGUCCUGGUGUCUGUCCCAGUCCAGACCUACCACACUCUUCUCUGUUCAUGCUAGAUCCCAAUUCAAGGUCUGCUUCUGGAAUAUCUGGACUGUUAUCCGAAGACUCUUCCUCCUCCUUGUCCUCCUCUGGUCCUUCCAUCCUCCAGGAUGGCAUUUCCCCUGGUCAGGGACAGGCUGAUGAAGGCCGCCCCACUGUUCCAGAGAUCCCCCCACCUCGUGAUUCAGGCAUCUAUGAUUCAUCUGUUCCUUCAUCAGAGCUUUCUAUUCCCUUAAUGGACGGACUGUCACAUGACCAGGCAGACUCCUCCUCCCUGGCUGAGAGUGAAUCAUCUUUCUAUGGUUUGAGUGAUGAAGAGGCACCCGCUGCCACAUCACUCAGCUGCAGCGCUGCCACGGUGUGCAAAGCUGAGCUGCACCACCAUCAUCACCUCGAGCAAAAUGACACUGUUCUCACACCUGUGGCAUCGUUGUAGGGGUAUGCCUUCAGCCAAUCAAAAGAAGGCUAGCCUGGUGAUGUCAUCUUGUAAAUCAAUGUGCCAACUUGGACCAAAAAGUUGCCUUUGUGAAGAAGGCGAAGCUGGAGGAACCGGAGUGGGAAACAGAAACUGAGUUCUGAAACGCUGAUCUGUCAUAACUAUGUUAACCACUGAGUUCUAGAACACUAUUCCAUGGUAACUAUGGUAGCCACUAUGUUGUAAAACACUUGACCAUAGUGACCAUGGUAACCUUUGAAUUCUAGAAUGUUGAUAAAUAGCUAUGAAAACUAUGGAACCACUGAAUUCUAUAACAGUAUUCUUUUGUAACUGUGGUACCACUGUGUUCUAGAACAGUAAUGACUGUGAUUGCUAUAGUAGCCACUGUGUUCUAGAGCAGUAUUUCCUGGUAAUUGUGCUAAUCACUGAUCACGAGAAAACUUUGGUAAUUGCAGUUCUUUUUUCUUUUUUUUUGUCCACUGGAGGAUUUUUGAAGGACUGGAACUCCAGAUGUUGGCAGAGGUGACCGUUUCAAACCAAAGAUGGCCUCAGGCCACAGUGUCCUGAUUGGCAGACAGAAAUGUAUGACUUGAUGUCAGGUACCAAAACGUGAUGCUGUAACAAACCAGCUGUUCCAGUACUGUUUUGAUGUGAAAAUGCAAGAUAAAGCAGAACCUGAUCAAAGAGUUUACUUGCUGCCCAGGACUGUCAAAGCAGUUCUUACUUAAAGCUGCUGAAUGUAUAAACACCUUAAAGACAUCAGUCAGCACUUUUGGACCAAACACUUCUGGGAAACUCCCUCAGAGUAACUGCUCCACAGAAGUGCAUACCAUCAAGGACACUUUUUUUUUUCCUUUUUCUGUUUGCAUUCACACCUUCGGUAAAAAUGCUAGCAUGAAGUUUGACCCACCUGGCUGCUGUCAUAGCAACAGCUAUCACAAUUACAUAAUGGAGAACACGGUGGUUGGAGCCGUAUGUUUGUUGUGUGACUUUUUUCAUAACAGCGAUGGCAUUAGAAAGGGGACAGAUAUAGACUUUCUAGAGGGAAGCACCAAUUCUGGGCUUUUCCAGUGACCACAGCUGUUAUUGCUGCAGAUAACCAAACAAAUCUUCCCUAUUCUCUGACCAAACAUGUUAUCAAGUAAACCAAAACAGUUCAGAUCUGCUUUGGUUGUGGUGAUUCUUGUAACUCAGUUUCAGUCUCUUUGUUUUCUCUCUGUUUUGCUUAUCGGUGUAUCAAGUCGAGAGGAAAAUCUAGUAAAGAUUUCACAUUUCUUCUGCCACAUACAGGCUGGACUUAACAGAUGCUUUAUUUGUCUACUGUCUUUCAUUUUUAGUAAUCUCUGGCUUACAUAGGUAAUGUUUACUAUUCCUAUUUUAUCAUGGCAAUUGCAUUACUCAAAAGGUUCCUCUUGUGCUUUACUUAAGAGUGAAAAAAGGUCCUUUGCCCUUUUAGUUCUUGCAUUAUGCAAAAAUACAAAAAAAGGGGGACUGCUUUGAUGUAAUAUUAUUUUGUAUUAUCAUGAUUUAAGACCAAAUACUGAAAAAACUUAUACUAUAAGAUAAAGAAUCAGAUGAAGCUUGUUUAAGAGGUGCCUUUUUUAUUUAAAUGUGCCCACUUGUUUCUUGAAAGACAUUUGCAUCAUAAAGAGAAACCUUCUUUAAAAGCACAUCUUGUUUUGAAAUACUUCCAACAUACUCAUGUCUUAUAUUUGUUGACAAAGAUUUAUUGUUGGUGUAACAAAGUAACAUGACCACUAUAAUCGGAUCAUAAAAUCGAAUAUUUUGUUUAAAGAAGUGACAUAAAUGUUAGUACACCUUGCUAACGUUAUGUACAAUGAUGGAAGACUAUCAUUUACGUGAACAAAGUAUUUUGCUUUUUGAGUUUUUCUUUUUAAAAAUGGUUUUCUAGCUCAAGAGAGUGAGUUGCUGCUGAAUGCGUGAGUGAGGAUUUCUGGUUCAUCUGCAGGUUUGAGUUGGCUGGAAGGGACGAUGUAACAUUUCCUACUUGUAAAUAUAACUUUUAUUUUUCUCUGGAAAUGUUUGAUAUGAUUUUGUAUAGUUAGACUUUUAUUUUAGUAAGCUACUUGUUUUUAGAAAUUGUACUGUUUUAUAGUACCUUUUAUAUAGAAAAUAAAAAAUCCUUAUUAAAAAAAGUUAUUUCUAUUUUCUUUCUUUUCAUGACUUCCUGCUGGGGAUGAUUUGGAUAUGAGCAAGCUUUUAUUGUAGCAAAAUAUAAUUUGGAUCAAAAUAUCCUUUAUGGCUGAUCGUACUCUGACAUGCUUCAAGCUGACUAACAGGUUUUAGUUUCUUGUGGUGAAACAAACACUCUUCCCUGAUAUAAAGGCCACUGGACAGCUCUAUAGUUUGUGAGCUGUGAGGCAUCCAGGCUUAAAUAAACAGAAGCUACUAAAUCUCAGAUGUUCUACAAACAGCCUGCUUUUAUUUUCAGAAUAAAAGCUUAAACCCUGGCAUGGUUUAGAGAUGAUUAACAAUUAAUUUAAAAAAGAUUUGAGAAUUCAGUAGGCUACAUACUGAAAGCUUGGAGGAAACAAAAGUAUCAAUUCUAUUGCACUAAUAUCAGUCCGAUAACAAUACCAACUUUGCUAUUGAUAAUAUAAACAUUUGGAUUAUUCUGCCCACGUCUAGUUUGAACUUUUGGAUAUGUAUGAGGUCAUAGAGAGCAGAUAUAAUAUGUAUAAUAUGGUCAUCUUUGGGAUAGAAGCUCCACCCACCUGCUGCUCAAACCUCUGUUUUUAUGAGUGAGUAUCAUCCAGUCAGGAGAAAAUUGGUGUAAAGGUGGAAGAACUAAUACAGCUUGUUUGAGAGGAUUUGUGGUGCUGCAACCAAGGAGCAGAGUCUUUUUUUUGACUGAAUCAUGCAAAGCUACUGUAGAAUAAAAAUAAGCCUGAUCUGGAAAUGCAUAAUACUACUUUGCAUUACACAAAUGUUAAACUAUUUGUUCUUGACAGUCUCUGUUUUUAAAAUUUUCCUCAAUGCAUUCUAAAACACAUUUAAAAUGUUAAUGUUAAAUGUGAGUAAUAUCUUGAGUAAUAUCUUGUUUUAUCUUCAAAGUCAACCCAUGCUUUUAUUUUGAAGGCGAGGUUCGAAGGAAGGCGCUGCUCAGACUCGGCUGUAUAGAAAAAGGAAGGAUUUAUCGCUCUCAGGUUGUUAUCCGGCACAAAUCUUCGCACUGAAGCUGGACUUUCAUUUAUUUUAAGAAGAAACUUUUGUUUUCACUCACUGGAAGAGCUAAACUCACUGAAGCAGCUGAUCCGACUGCUGUUUUUGUUUAAUCAGGGGGUUUUUUUGUUGUUGUUUUUUUUU